GCCCGCGGGGUGAGGGCCGCCCGCUUCCUGGGCCCCCGAGCCGGAGAGGUUGAAAAAGGCGCCGUGCGCCGGAGGAAGCAGGCCGCCCGGGAGCCGAGUGGCUGGCGUGCCGGCCGCCCCACACCUGUGCUCGCCCCGCCUUGCCGCGCCGGGGCUGGACUCGAGAGACGGCGGGGCUGACAGACACUUGGGGCAGGAUGUGUGGCUUCCUGUGAGCGGGUCUCAAAACAGUCACCCAGCCCUCACUUAACCCACUUAAUUCCUUUCCUUCUCAGGCGUGUAAUUGGUACUUUGGUGAGCGAGCCGUCCUACUUAGUACAGAGUUUUGUUUAGAGAUACGUAAAAUUUAUUAUACUUUCGUGGAAAAUGAGCAUGUCUUCAGUAUUCUGAGCCUGAAAAUACCUUUCUUGUCUCGUGUCCUGAGGGGUACUUUCCACCUGACUUGGGAAAACGGAAUUGCAUUGAAAUGGGUAGUGCUCUUGGCCAGGCUGUGAAGUUACCUUCGUCUUGAAUAAGAGGAGAGGCAGAGGAAGAUCUUCCAUCUGCUGUUUCACUCCCUAAAUGGCUGCAACAGCUGGAGCUGAGCCGAUCCAGAGCCAGCAGCCAGUAGCUGCUUCUAGGUCUCCCAUAUGGGUGCAGGGUUCCAAGGACUGGAACCAUCCUCCACUGUUUUCCCCAGCUACUGCAGCUCCCCAGGGAGCUGGAUGGAAGUGGAGCAGUCAGGACAUGAAUUGGUGCCCACGUGGGAUCCUGGUUUUGGAAGGUGAAGCGAAAAAUUUAUUGCCAUAUCUUGGACCCAACAAAAUGAGAGAUUGUUUCUGUACUAUAAAUUUGGACCAGGAAGAAGUUUAUCGUACCCAAGUUGUUGAGAAAUCUUUAAGCCCAUUUUUCAGUGAAGAAUUUUACUUUGAGAUUCCAAGAACUUUCCAGUAUUUGUCAUUCUACGUUUAUGAUAAAAAUGUUUUACAAAGAGAUCUUCGUAUAGGAAAGGUAGCCAUCAAAAAAGAAGACUUGUGUAACCACAGUGGCAAAGAAACUUGGUUUUCACUGCAGCCUGUUGACUCUAAUUCAGAGGUUCAGGGUAAAGUUCACCUCGAAUUAAAACUGAAUGAACUGAUUACAGAAAAUGGAACUGUGUGCCAGCAGCUUGUUGUACACAUCAAGGCAUGCCAUGGAUUGCCUCUCAUAAAUGGACAAAGCUGUGAUCCUUAUGCAACAGUUUCUCUGGUGGGCCCUUCUAGGAAUGAUCAAAAGAAGACGAAAGUAAAGAAGAAAACAAGCAAUCCACAGUUUAAUGAAAUCUUUUACUUUGAGGUAACCAGAUCCAGUAGUUACACCAGGAAAUCCCAGUUCCAGGUGGAAGAGGAGGACAUCGAAAAACUAGAAAUCAGAAUUGACUUGUGGAACAAUGGAAACUUGGUCCAAGAUAUUUUCUUGGGUGAGAUUAAAGUUCCUGUGAAUGUAUUAAGAAAUGAUUCGUCUCAUCAAGCCUGGUACUUGCUACAGCCAAGAGACAAUGGAAACAAGACACCCAAAACUGAUGACCUGGGGUCUCUUCGAUUGAAUAUAUGCUAUACUGAGGACUAUGUGCUUCCUUCAGAGCACUACGGUCCUUUGAAAACUUUGCUGCUAAAAUCACCAGAUGUUCAGCCAAUAUCUGCCUCAGCUGCUUACAUUUUGGGUGAAAUAUGUAGAGACAAAAAUGAUGCUGUUUUGCCGCUUGUCCGACUGCUGCUUCACCAUGAUAAACUUGUUCCUUUUGCCACUGCAGUAGCUGAAUUAGAUCUAAAGGAUACACAAGAUGCAAACACAAUUUUUAGAGGAAAUUCUUUGGCUACCCGGUGUUUGGAUGAAAUGAUGAAAAUAGUGGGAGGUCACUACCUGAAAGUAACAUUAAAACCUAUUCUAGAUGAGAUAUGUGAGUCCUCAAAAUCUUGUGAGAUUGAUCCUAUUAAAUUAAAAGAAGGAGAUAAUGUAGAAAGCAAUAAGGAGAAUCUGCGCUACUAUGUAGACAAAUUAUUCAAUACAAUAGUGAAAUCAAGUAUGAGCUGCCCCACUGUAAUGUGUGACAUUUUUUAUUCUCUAAGGCAAAUGGCUACUCAGAAAUUUCCAAAUGAUCCUCAUGUUCAGUAUUCUGCAGUGAGCAGCUUUGUGUUCCUUCGUUUCUUUGCUGUAGCCGUAGUAUCACCUCAUUCUUUUCAUUUGCGACCUCAUCACCCAGAUGCACAGACAAUUAGGACGUUAACUCUUAUCUCAAAAACCAUUCAAACUUUGGGAAGCUGGGGGAGUCUGUCCAAAAGCAAGUCAAGUUUCAAAGAGACAUUCAUGUGUGAAUUUUUCAAAAUGUUUCAAGAAGAAGGGUACAUCAUAGCAGUUAAAAAGUUCUUGGAUGAAAUUUCAUCUACUGAAACUAAAGAAUCAAGUGGUACAAGUGAACCUGUGCACCUGAAAGAAGGUGAGAUGUAUAAAAGAGCUCAGGGAAGAACUCGGAUUGGAAAAAAGAAUUUCAAGAAACGGUGGUUCUGCUUGACCAGCAGAGAGCUCACAUACCACAAACAGCCAGGUAGCAAAGAUGCUAUUUAUACAAUUCCAGUAAAAAACAUUCUUGCUGUGGAAAAAUUGGAAGAGAGCUCUUUUAACAAGAAAAAUAUGUUCCAAGUAAUACAUACGGAGAAGCCACUCUACGUCCAGGCGAAUAAUUGUGUAGAAGCUAACGAAUGGAUAGAUGUCCUCUGCAGGGUGAGCCGGUGCAAUCAGAACAGGCUCAGUUCUUUUCAUCCUUCUGCUUUUCUAAAUGGAAACUGGCUGUGCUGCCAAGAAACCAGUGAAAACACUCCUGGCUGCAAGCCAUGUACUGCAGGUAUCCCUGCAGACAUCCAAAUAGAUAUUGAUGAAGACAGAGAAAUAGAAAGAAUUUAUUCACUAUUUACUCUCAGUUUACUGAAGCUGCAGAAGAUGGAAGAGGCCUGUGGAACAAUAGCAGUCUACCAGGGACCACAGAAAGAGCCUGACGAUUAUUCUAACUUUGUAAUUGAAGAUUCUGUAACAACCUUUAAGACAAUUCAGCAAAUAAAAAGCAUCAUAGAGAAGCUGGAUGAACCUCAUGAAAAGUAUAGAAAGAAAAGAUCAAGUAGUGCGAAGUACGGUAGCAAGGAAAAUCCUAUUGUUGGGAAAACAUCUUAAAGUUUGGCCAAUUGAUACAGAAGAACUGGAAAAUACUAUUUUUCUUGGAAUUUCUCAUAUUUUGUUCAUAGUAUUUAAGAACAUUGUCAUCUGCAUUCAUGUUGUAUUUAAUAUUUAAGUGAAUUUACCUGUUGGAGAAACCUGAUAUUGAUGUAUUACUAGAGAAUUUGAAACCCAAGUCCCUUCCUAUCUUCUGUGUCCAAAUCCCAUGUUUCUACAACUUUUCAAUGAAUGACUCUUCCUAAAGAAGAAUCCUAAGAAGAGCUUUGUAACAAUGGGAGAACUCUUCCAUGGCAAGAAACCAUCAGUUCUGUACAACUUGUUUUCACUACCAUCAGUGCCUGCUCUGUACUGCCAA